AUGCCAUCAUAUCUCACAUUACAUGAACUUACUGCAGCAAAAUUACUUAUAAUUAAAAACGUGCAACAAAUGGAAUUUAGAUCGGAAAUUGAAUGUUUACGCAAUAAGCAAAGACUAAGUACAAAAAGUAAAAUAUUAAAUUUAAAUCCAUUCAUUGACUCAUCUGGUGUCUUACGCAUUGGAGGCAGACUUGAAAACUCAACAUUGAACAUGGAGAUGAAGCAUCCAAAGAUCAUACCACGUGAUAGUCGUCUGGCUGAGCUUUUAGUGGACGAAGCUCACAAACUUACCUUUCAUGGAGGUCCUCGCCUUACUCUGGCCAAUCUGAGGCAGCAGUAUUGGAUACCUGGAGGGAACAACGCUGUGAAAAAACGUCUGAGAAACUGCGUGAUUUGUCGCAAAAACAACCCACAGCAACAUCAACAGAUAAUGGGUGAUUUACCCACUGCACGUACGGAGCCAGCCCCGCCCUUUUACCACACCGGAGUGGACUACACCGGUUUCGUUGAAAUCAAGAGCAACAAAACAAGGAACGCAAGGUCGAUGAAAGGUUACAUUGCACUUUUUAUUUGUAUGGUCACAAAGGCCAUACACCUGGAACUUGUAACAGAUCUAACAAGUACAGCUUUUUUGGCGGCCCUAAGAAGAAUGACGGCCCGACGCGGGAGCCCCACGCUAUAUGUAUAG